AUGCUGAUCCACGCAAAGAGCAUCGGGCACCAUUUAGCUUCUUGCAGCCGCGCAGCUUCUCCCUGCGAUUGCAUGGAGGAUGGCCACUGGCUGCACCAGCCCGCCACUCCGGAGGACACGGCCGCAGCGGUGGUGGACGCCUUGCGGCACCUCCUCUCCGUGCUGGGCGCCGUCUUGGCCUCCGAGCCCGGGCUGCAGGCGGCCAAGGACGCCUCUGAGCUCCGCUCUCUGCCUGCGCUGGGAAAGAGCCUCAAGAGGCUGUGGUUUGGCACGCCGACGGAAGAGUGGGACUCAAAGGAGCAGGUCCGAUGGCUCUGCAGGGUGCUGGCGGUCACUGAAGGCUCCCGUGCAGGCAUCUUGUCCUUCUAUGGAGCUGGCCUGCUCUUCUGUGAUGCCCUGGCCAGCUUUGCAGAGAUCAGUCUCAGAGAGAUCGGGCUGAUGCUGGACGAGGCCUGGGCCGCGGAGGCCCUGGCAGUGCAGCAGGUGCUACAAGGGCCGCACUGGCAGCAGCUGCAGCAGUGGCCUGCGGAUCGUCGCUGCGGCGGCGGCAGCGAUCCGCUACUUUCGACAGACCGCCUUCCACGGUCACUGAAAAGCGCCUUUGACCUGGAAGGCGUACGCCUCACGAAGGCGCAAGCCGCUGGCCUCGGCGUGGCUAUGCUGAUGCCAGGCUCCACCGUGGCCAUGGGUGGCCUGGGGUGCGCCUUGCUGCUGCGACGCGGCAUGCCAGCGGCGGAUGGCCAGACAUGGGAGGCGCUGCAAGCUGACUGGCUGAAGCACGCGCACAUCUUGCUGAGGCGGAAGACCUGCCCCAUCUCCGUGCGCUACGUGCCCAACGCUUUUGCGCCUAAGACGGUCAAGAUCACUCUCUACUCUUUGAGCGACGUGCUGUGCGCGCUGCCGGCUGGAAGCCUCGGCACCUGGGGUGGCGGCGGUGCAGGGGGCGAGGCCAGUGCUCGGCUGAACCAAGGCGAGCGGUGCAGGCUGCGGCCUGCAACGGAAGAAGACACCUUCCGCCUGCGGGUUUACCGGCCCGCGCCGCUGCUGAACGUGGUGUUGCACGAUGGGGUGCAGGUUUGCAGAGGCGACCGUCUGCUUGUGACUGUCUCUGAGGCCGGUGAGGCCAAGGUCUACUCGGAGACGCCGAGGCGGCCUGCAUCAGAUGCUGCAAGCGAUCUUCCGGAGGCGCCCGUGUUGCGGGGACUCCCAGCACAAGAAAGGCGAAGAGAGCCCGAUGGCGACACUGAGGGCGAGAGCGGCUACGUGUGCCAAGCAGAGCUGUCAGCAGUGCGAAAGAGCAGCGGCACUCUGGCCGCAACUGGCGACACGUAUCGGCACCACAUUCAUCUCCGUGCAUCGCCGGGCUAUGACAUUGCCGAUAUGUCAUCUUUGGACCAUCUGAAUGAUGCAGAGACGGCGCUGGAUGAUCCCCAGCCAGCAUGCGAGGUCGGCAGCCAGGGCGUGCAGUGCGAGCUGCUGGCAACGCCGUGGACAGCAGAGGUCUCUUGUCAGACCUGGACAGCCCCUGUCGUGGAUGCGGAGGCGCAGAGCUGCUUGCUGUCCGUGGCGGCCGCAGUCCAGGCCGCGCCCCGAGUCUGCGACGCCGCCUGCGCAACGGCCGAGCCAGAGGAGGCGAGCCAGGCGGCUGAGACUUUGGAUGCAGAGGUUCAGGCAGGGCCGGCUCCGGGGAAUUUCUCCGUGGGCGUGCAGACCGAGGUGCUUCUCCACAGCAGCGCCAUGCAGACAGAGGCAUCUCAGCAAUGCUCGGCUUCGCAAACCGAGGGCAUCUGGAAGGAGGCCACGCAACCGCAAGUGGCCUCCAUUGCCACGCAGGUGGAGGCCUCCUCUAGCUGCACGUCUGAGACGCAGACUCCGGCUGAGGUGGUAUCGGCAGUAGAGUUUGGUAUCCAGGCGGCAGCUGCAACGGUGUCCAGCUAUGCACAGACUGCAAGCGCCAAGAUGACCUCAGUCACGACGCAGGUGGAGCGGCCAAAGAUGGGUCAUCAGGGUGUCCAGGUGGAGGACCCAGAAGCCUCAGCGGCUCUGGAGCGUUUGAAGCACCUGGAGGUCAUUCAGGAGUCCCUGGAUACGCAGGCGGUUCUCCAGGCGCAAGAGCUUGAGGUCUGGCAGCAGAUGGCCAAGUCCAAGGCCAUGGGGCGAUUGCACGUGACUAUCCUGUGCCCUCGCGCUGAGUGCACGGUGAACAGCACCAAGGUGGAGAUGGACAGCUGGAACUCUCAGCGGCUUCGAGCAGACUUUGAGGAGCAGGUGCUUCCCCGCUUCACGAAGCUCAUCGUGGCGGAGGAUGUUGGACCGUCCUCCCCGCCGGAGCUGGUGAAGGGCAUCAUGGAGGAGCUGGCAGCCAUCUUCCGCGAGCGCUUGAUGGCCUUGCUCACGGCGCCGGACGCGAAGUCGGCCAUGGCCGCGGCCGCGGCCCAGGCUGCGAAGUGA